UCACAUCUGCAAUUCACCACCUCCGACUCCGAGCGAAACUCCUCUCUUUCAAAAUUCAAACAGCACCACCGGCAGCAGCAUCCAUGGCGCCCAAAGCAGACAAGAAGGCGGCGGCCGAGAACAAGGUGGAGAAGGCGGCGGCGGAGAAGGCCCCCGCGGGCAAGAAGCCCAAGGCCGAGAAGCGGCUGCCGGCGGGCAAGACGGCGGCCAAGGAGGGCGCCGGCGGCGAGGCGAAGGCGAGGGGCCGGAAGAAGGGCAGCAAGGCGAAGAAGGGCGUGGAGACGUACAAGAUCUACAUCUUCAAGGUGCUGAAGCAGGUGCACCCGGACAUCGGCAUCUCCUCCAAGGCCAUGUCCAUCAUGAACUCCUUCGUCAACGACAUCUUCGAGAAGCUCGCCGCCGAGUCGGCCAAGCUCGCCCGCUACAACAAGAAGCCCACCGUCACCUCCCGCGAGAUCCAGACCUCCGUCCGCCUCGUCCUCCCCGGCGAGCUCGCCAAGCACGCCGUCUCCGAGGGCACCAAGGCCGUCACCAAGUUCACCUCCUCCUAGACUGAUGCGUCCGUCACCUCCCUGUAGUUGGUCUCUGUAUCUGUAUCUGUGCUCUUGACUCUGCCUAUCUCUCUGCAAGUAGUGGUGGUAGUAGUGGUACGUGUGCUGGGUGAUUGCCAACGGUUUGUUGGCUAAUUGGUUGCAAGAACUGAAGUUGUUGGUUUUGGCAGACUGAAAUCUAUCUAGAACUGAAGUUGUGGUGGUA